AUGCCUUUCCACGACGUCCCCAUGAUGGCCCUCGCUGACUGGGUCUACCGCAGAGAGCUCCACCGCUGCCAGAUGCGAGAAGACCACAUCCGCGAGUGCCUCGAGCAACUGGGCAGGCUACACAAGCGCGAGCCUGCCAACCAGAUCCACCAGCAGAGAUACGGGGACACCUGGACUGGCCUGAGGUGCAUCCUUGUCGAGCUCUCGGCCGAAGAGCUGGUCAGCAAGUGGUGUUUUGCCUGGGCGCAGGCCUACCUCGCCGUCAAACCCAUGGUUCGGUACAUGAAACAAGGCGGUACUGAGAACGAGAGCAAGAGAGGGAGACGAGCGAUAACGGCUUCGAGCUUUUGCGGUCGACAAGCAUCCUUCGGGCCCUUCGGGGAGAUCGACCUUGGACCCGCUGAAGCUACCUUCAGGCAGGCUCCGCCAAAGAUCCAUCUCUUGCGAUACGUUCGGCUGGAUGUGGCAACGUAG